AUGGUCCUCAGAUCAAACCUGCCCCGCUCGCAGAUCCUCCAGCUCCUGCCGGCGCUGCUGCCUGCGGCGACCUGGCGGCCGCUGCCAGCCAUCGCCGUCGGAGGCGUCUCGUCGGGCGACCAGGGGCAGAUUGCCGGCGACAAGGCCUUUCAGCCUGGGCUGGCGGGCAAGGACUACGGCAAGAGCGAGAUGUCGUACGACGACUUCACAAAGCGGCCGAGCGGCAUGGCGUUCAAGGAGGCGAAGCCCGGCAACGGAAAGUCGCCCGUCGCCGGCGACCGCGUCGUGGUGGACUGGAGCGGCUACACGAUCGGCUACUUUGGUCGGCCGUUCGAGACGAAGAAGCUGGUCGAGCUAGACGGCAAGGACAAGGCCUACCUCCGCUUUGAGCUCGGAAAGGGCGCUGUCCUGCCCGCGCUCGAGGAGGCCGUUGCGGGGAUGAGCGAGGGUGGAGUGUGGCAGGUGGUGGUCCCCUACCGGCCCGGCCUCAGCUACCCAGACGAUGACAAGGACCACGAGCGGGUGGGUCCUGUCCCUAGCACCUUCUCGGGCCAACGCGCGCUCAACUUUGUGCUGUACAACAAGGACCUCAUCGACAAGACGCUCCUCUUCAACGUCAAGGUGAUCCGGGUGGACAGGCCCGGAGAGAACGGGUGGAAGAAGGGCUAGGCGCGCGCCCGCUCCACUGGGUGGAGCGUGGAGCCGGUGGAGGUGAGUCGUGAGUCUGCAGGUGAGCGAGCCGCGGCCCGCGCGGUCUCUGACGGGUAUACCCACCACGGACUCGUAACACAGGCGCUCCGCCGUCUAGCAAUUGACACCCAAUGGAGGUGGGAGAGAAAACUGAAAAGUGC